AUGGAUGUCUUAGCUGCCCCGCAGUACUAUCCCGCUUGCGGACCCGCGCCAGGCCGACCGCCGCGCAGAUGGGCGCUGAAGCGCUUCGAGAAGGACGCCCAGAUGGCGUCCGCCCUCGCCGCGUCCUGGACGGAUGCCCCAACUGGACUGGUCGCGGACGUCGAUCGGGAAGCUGACUGGUUUCGGGGGUCAUUGACGGCGGCGUGCGACGCCGCCAUGCCCCGAGCCAGGAAACUUUCAAGGCAUGCCGCUUACUGGUGGAGCGACGAGAUUGCCGCGCUGCGUGCUACAUGCAACGCGUCGUGUCGUCGCUUCACGAGGGCCCGCCGGAGACGGAACCGCGACAGGGCGAGUGAGGCGGCGCUGUAUGAGGUCUACCGAGAGGCCACGGUGGACCUCCAGCGUGCUACCAGGAGGGCCAAGGCGAGCGCCAGGGGAGAACUCCUCGAGACUCUGGACAAGGAUCCAUGGGGGCGGCCCUACCGCAUUAUGCUGGGCCGCAUGCGCCCGGCCGCCCCUCCUGUUACGGAGUCCCUCGACCCUCCCGUUCUGCAGCGUGUCGUGGAUACCCUCUUUCCGGUAGAUCCGGAGGAGGGUCCGCGGCCGCUCCUGCCGGCGGAGGCCAGUAACUGGUCCGCCGGGCUGGGCGUCACCGAGGGGAAACUCGGGAUGGUCGUCGGGCGAAUAAUGGCCAGGAAUACGGCACCAGGGCCCGACGGCAUCCCUGAGCGGGCACUCGCUUUGGCGCUGCGCGUCCUGGGUCCCCGGCCCAGGCGGCUGUGUCACGUCUUGUUACAAUUCAAAAUGCCGAAGCUGUGCGACAAGAAGACCCGUAUCAAGACGCGAGAAAGUGGAUUCCCCAACUGUCUAGAGGCCUGGCGAGCGAUUACACGUUCCUACAGACGUAGCAGUUGGGAGAAAAGGGCUGAAAGACGCGAGAUGCGCUCUCGAUCUCGUAUUUAUUAUCUGUCCCCAUUACCUCGACUUCCGUUGUCUCGGCAGUGA